UUUUCUACACCAAUUCUCAAUACAGAGAAGCUGCUAGUGUAUAACCUCCUCCCACCUAAUGGUUUGCAAUUGGUCUUUGAAAGCUUCACACAUCUCCAAACACUUCCCAUCAGUUCCAUUGCACCUGCUUCUGCCUUUACACUCUCUUAUCUCUACAUACUUCCCUGAGGAGGUCAACAUUUUUGGCCCUCUCCCAAGAGAGAUGCAUUCAGACCCCCGGGACAAAACUGAAACCUUUCACAAGCCGAGGCAUUGAGUAAGAUUACCAUCUUGCGUGCUGGAAUUUGAAUUCCACAGCAUCAGAGAAGGGGUGGGUGGGAAACAAAGGCAUUCUCGUCGACUGACAGUUUUCCGUCGGGAUAUGCAGGAUGGUACAGUUACUUUUGCGACUACAUUUCCCGAAAGUCCACAUUUAGCUUGGCCUGUUUGGAACAGAGGCAAAAGAGAAGUUGCAGAGGAAAUUUACCAGCCUGGCUACCCCAAAUAGAAAGAAACUCUGAACUACAUCUAGUUGGAACAAAGAACUACUUUAAUUAAAAAGAGUUUUGAAAUUUGUGGGUGAAUCUCUUUUUUGUUUAGUAAACAAUAAUAACUUUUACCUUAAGAAAUUGUGUUGUCGAAGGCUUUCAUGGCCAGAAUCACUGUGUUCCUGUGAGUUUUUCAUUCAUGUUCCAGUAGCAUUCUCUCCUGAUGUUUCGCCUGCAUCUGUGGCCAGAAUCUUCAGAGGUUCUGUUGCUAGUGAGGCUACUAAGUGGAGCUCCCCGAGAUGUGGCCUCAGAGAUGGACAACACGACGAGGAUGGGUGCCAUGUAUGCUUGCCCUCUGUCUGCAUCUACUGAAGACUGUAAACGGGUGGACAUUAAGGUGUUAAGUGAACCCCGAAAUAAUAUUGUUGAAGAUAUGUGGCUGGGGGUUGAAGUAGCAAGCCAGAGAACAGCUUCUGGAAGAGUAAUGGCUUGUGCUCACCGAUAUACCAGGAUUUUAUGGGCUGGCAAUGAAGACCAGAGACGCAUGGUGGGGAAAUGUUAUAUUCGUGGCAAUGACCUGGGCCUGCAGGAAGAUGAUGAGUGGCAGGCGUACCACAAUGAGAUGUGCAAUGCCAACACAGACCUGGAGUCAACUGGAAUGUGCCAGAUGGGCAUCAGUGGCGGCUUUACCCACAACAGUGUUUAUUUUGGAGCUCCUGGUGCUUACAAUUGGCAAGGGACUGAUUACGUGUUGCAGCGUGAGAGCUGGGAUCAAAAGGAUUAUUCCUAUCCAGAUGAGAAGAGAAGCAACAGCUAUAUCGGAUACACAACUGAAGCCAGCACUGCUGUACUGCACAAACACAGCAACACUUUCAUCGCAGGAGCUCCCCGCUAUAAUCAUACUGGGGCUGUCUUCCUCAUGCUAAAUGACAGCGGCACAACCCUUGAGGAGAAACUGGUGCUCUUGGGAGAGCAAGUGGGCUCCUACUUUGGCAGUUCCAUUGCUCUGGCUGACCUCAACAAUGAUGGGUGGAAGGAUUUGAUCAUUGGAGCACCUUACUACUUUGAUCGGAAAGAAGAGAAGGGUGGGGCUGUCUAUGUGUACAUGAACCUUGGUGGAACUUUCCACAGCAGUGCAAAUCUCACCCUGACCGGGCCCAGCAAUUCCUCAUUUGGUCUUGCUGUGGCCAGCAUUGGAGAUGUCGACAAAGAUGAUUUCCAAGAUAUAGCCAUUGGGGCUCCAUUUGAAGGGUCAGGGAAAGUAUAUAUCUACCACAGCAGUGUGGGAGGGCUUAUUGAUAAGCCCCGGCAGAUCAUUAGUGGGAACGAUUUUGUUCCUAGCAUCCCAACUUUUGGCUACUCCUUUAGUGGUGGAAUGGAUGUUGAUGGGAACUCCUAUCCUGAUCUGUUGGUGGGAACCCUCUCAGAAAAUCUCCUGUUGCUCAGAGCCCGCCCUGUGAUCAACAUUGUGAGCAAGACUUUUACAGUUACUCCAAACCCUCUGGAUCCAGCCAAAUGUACAGAAGACUCCUGUAUCAAGGUGCAGUUCUGCUUCUCCUAUUCCCAAAGUGCCGGAGACCCCAAAUACAAGGAGACCAUCAAACUGAAUUAUGUCAUAAAAGCUGACCAGGACCGUCGGCGGGUUUACUUUGCUAAGACACAGUCUGCAGUCUACAGGGGACAGUUUUCCAUGCCUAAUGAGAAAUGCCAAACCCUGAAGGUCCUUCUACGGGAUGACGUGCGAGACAAGCUACACCCAAUUGCAUUCUCCAUGAACUAUUCUCUUGCUGAGAAAUCGAGGAAAUUCAGGUUGGGCCCACAGUCCCUUGAUGCAUUUCCUGUCUUGAAUGAGGAUCAGCCCCGCGAGAAUCACACUGAGAUCCAGUUCCAGAAAGAAUGUGGAACCGACAACAAAUGUCACAGUAACCUGCAGGUCCAGGCUGUUUACUUGAAUGAUCAGAACCAGAUGCUGCCCAGGAGGAAUGGUAUGCAGAUAUUACAGUACAGCCGAGAUGUCAAGAAACUGAACUUGAAUAUCACUGUCACCAAUCAGCCAACAUCACCUACCAAUGGAGAGGAUGCUCACCAAGCCCUCCUCAACAUCACUUUCCCUCCCUCUUUGCUGCCUUCUUCUGUUCGGCCGAGUGGAGCCUGCACAUUUAAUGGAGGAGUGUUGUGUCAACUAGGCAACCCCUUCAAAAGGAACCAGCAGGCAGAGCUAAUUAUUACGUUUGAAGUGAUUGGGAUUUCAUUGUACACCCAGGAUGUCAUCAUACAAGUGGAGCCUUCCACGUUAAGCCAGCAAGACGAUCUCACUGCAGUAUCAGCAGUACUUUUGGUGGACUACACUAUUGAUGCAUCCCUGAGAAUCCUCAACCCAUGGCUCCAGUCACAUUUUAGUGGGACAGUCAUGGGCGAGUCAGCCAUGAAGCAUGAAGAAGAUGUCGGCAGUCCCAUCAGAUUUCAUUUCCAGGUGACCACAAAGGGUGAAUCUUUGGGUUCCUUGGGAACAAUCAUGUUAGGCUUUGAAUGGCCUUAUGAAGUUAGCAAUGGGAAGUGGCUCUUGUACCCCACUGAUAUCAUGGUGAAAGGAAAUGAAGAGUGGUUCUGUGAACCCCCUGGGCAGGUCAUCAACCACCUCAACUUGAGCCUCAAUGUCCAUCAACGUAAUCAUAGCAGCAACCUAACAAGGAAGAAGCGUGAACUGGAGGCUUCUUCCAAAAGUGAAGUGCCCAUCACACUGGCAGCAGCGAAGAAAGCCAAGUCAGACACAUCACUGAGCUGCUCUGAAGGAACAUCUCGAUGCAUUUGGUUUGAGUGCCCCCUCAAGGACAUCGGAGCUGUGACAGAUGUAACGGUCCGAGCACGGGUCUGGAAUAGCACCUUCAUAGAGGAUUAUCAUGACUUUGACCGGGUGAAGGUGAUGGGGCAAGCCACACUGUUUCUCAGGACAAAUGUAUCUACUAUCAACAUGAAAAAUGGCACAGUGUGGUACACUGUGAACAUUGAUUCUGAGUUGAGCGAAGAACAGCCGGCUGAACUUGAGCUGUGGUUGGUGUUGGUUGCUGUUGCAGCUGGACUUCUGCUUUUGGGAAUCAUUGUCUUACUGCUGUGGAAGUGCAACUUCUUUAAGCGAACCCGCUACUAUCGAAUCAUGCCCAAAUACCACGCCAUUCGGAUCCGGCAGGAGGAACGUUACCAGCCGGCCGGUGGGUUCCUGCCUCAGAAGCACAAGAAGCAAUGGGUGACGAAUUGGCAAGAGUCAGGGCGAUACUACUGAUGCCUGCUGCCUGCAAUCCUCUCUCCGUUCCAGGCUGCUUGGCUUCCUUUUGUAAAUAGUGCCGGACCAACAGAGGAACUGUUAUUUAAACCUAAGUUAUAUGACCUAGGUCAGUGAGGAUGACCCAAAACUUUGCGCAGACCUAGCGAUCUUAGGAGAAAAAUAACCUUUUUGGAAUGGACCUGCUAGGCGUUUGUGAAACACGAGGCACAAAGGGGCAGACAUUUUAUUUGCACUGAUGGAUUCCUUUUUAACUACCACCCGCUACCAGGGAAUUGCAUUUCUUUGUGGAAAAGGGGGCAGGUAUGAAAAUCAGCGUAGCUUUGCACUGGACAUAUAUAUAUGCAAAAACACAACAGUGCCUAGGUGCUUGUGUUAGCAACACAAACGUGAAGACCUUCUUUCUUUUGGGCUGUAGUUUCUUGGAUGCGAUUGUGUAUUUGUGAGAUUAUUUUUAUAGGUAUUAUUUAUUACAUCAAUGCCCCCUUUUCUUCUAGAGUGCUCAGAGCAACUAUUAGAUAGCAGCUUACCAAACCAAACCUGCUUAGCGGUAGAAUUGUGUCAUGUGCCUUCAAGCCAUUCUCUGGGCUUUCUGAAAAGCUUUGCUGUUCAUGCAAACACUUAGGAAAACUGUCUGCUAAUGUCAACACAUAGGAACAGAGGAGGCGAUCUUACACUGAAUCAAACCAUUUAACUUAGUAUUGUCUCAACUGAGUGGGUUUGUGGCAAGGGUCUGCCUUUCCCAGACCUACCUGGAGACGCUGGGCAUUGAACCUGGGACCAUUUGCACAACUGAUCUGUACUCCCCACUCCAUACAACUGUUCCUCAAAGCCUCUAUAAUAUAUCCACUACGUAGUGUCAAAUAAUGCUUUCUUGCUGACUCUGGUGCAAAAUUGUACACUAAGCCAAAUGCCUUAGAUGUGCAAGAUCCCAUUUUAUAUGAAUACUUGUUCCCAUGUAAGUAACUGUGAAUGUCAGUUGUGUCGGGUCACUUGCUAAUGCAGAUUCUAUGUGUGUAAAACUACUUUUCCCAAACAGCCUUCUUUGUAAUGCACAGUUCCCCCUAUUUUUGAUUUCAUGGUUCCUCUGUUCAGCCAUUAUUUUCUACCUUAUUCCUUUUGUCUCUUGCUUCAAAUUAACACCUUGUCUUCAUCCUCACCUCUGCCUUGUUACAAACUACUAAUCAUCACCCAGAGGCAAAAUAUGCCCUAUUUUUACUGUAAUUAUUAUUUCUCUCCCAACCUCAUACUGCUAUACAGUUCACACUGGAUUUAUUGCCAUUGGAGCUUCUGCUCUGCUCAAAACUACUGAUCCUUUUGCACCACUGUUUCUGGAACUUCCUUCAUCAUUUGUUCGUUGGAGGAGGUAGUAUUACCACUACUGUAGUACUCUAUUGAAGGAGUGCAGAAAAAAAUAUGCUAAGCUUGAAAUGUAGGGCAGGGAUAGCAUUUUUGUAAUGUAAAUAUCUAUCUUACCUGAGCUAAUGUGGAGCUAUCUCUCACCUGUAAGGUGCCGGGGACCAUGGUGAAAUUGAGCCAAGGUUUUAAUGCAAGGAUAUUUUGACAACCAAUCCCAAUACCUCUGUUUUUCUGUUCUUUCUCUAGUUUAGAUGUAAGCAUUUCAGUAGCUUGUUUGAAGAGGGAUAGAUUUCAUGAUGUGAACUAUUCCUGUCGCAAACCAAAGUAUUCGGUGGUUUGGUCUUGAAAGGCUUCUUUGUGGCUUUAUAAACGACAUGUGCCUGGAAAAUGGAAACUAAUAGAACAAAUUUGUUGGUAUACAGUAUAUCUAUAGAGGUGCCUAGAUACUUAAACUCACUUGGGUGGUGGGUGAUAUGUAGUGGUGGUAGGAGACAUUAGGUUAGAUGCAGUCCAACUUUGAAGAUUCUCUGGACAAAGUGGAUUAGGCUGGUCCUUUUAUCCACUGAUGGGUGCCGGUGGUACUUUAAGAAUAAUGGACAAAUGGGUCUAGCUAUUGUUUUAAUGUCUUGUUGUGCCCCAAAUUAGGACAACACUAAUACAUGAAAAUAGCAGCUAGAGGAUGCUGCAAAUACCAGGCAAAUACCAGUGUAGUGGAAGGUCCUUUUUUGGAAGCUUUUAAGCAGAGGUUGGAUGGCCAUCUGUUGGUGGUGAUUUGAAUGUGAUUUUCCUGCUUCCUGGCAGGGGGUUGGACUGGAUGGCCCAUGAGGUCUCUUCCAGCACUAUGAUUCUAUGAUUUUAAUUUCUUUUUUUGGAGGGGAGAGGGAGAACAACCUAAUGUCGACAUCAACAUGAAACCUGCUGGGGCGCUUAGGUCCUGGCAUUGGCUUAAGAAUGCCAAGUGGUAGUAAUGCAACUCUUGGCUGCUAUGCUAAAGGCCCAAGAGUUUACAUAUAGGGAAUGCUAUGAGCUAAAAGAAGUCAGCAUGAUGUAGUGGUAGACUAUGAGUAUUAAACUAUGAGUAUUAGACAAUUCUCUGCUUGGCCAUAGAAACCCACUGAGUGACCUUGAGUGGUUAACACACUCUCAGACUCAGAAAAUCCCAUGGUAGAAUUGCCAUAAGUCAAAAAUGACUUGAAGGCACACAACAGCAACCACAAUAGGCUGGAGACCAGCUCCAGAAUAUGUUUCUGGUAUCACUUAUGACAACAUGUUCUUGGCUGCAUGUACUGUACACUGUCAAAUGGCACCACUUUAAUUGCUAUGGCUCAGUGCUAUGGAAUCAUGUGUGUUGAAGUUUCACAAGGUCUUUAAUUUUAUUUGUCCAAGAGUGCUAGUGCCUAACUGCCAUAGCACUAAGGUAUGGCAGUUAAAGUAGUAUCAAGCUGCAUUAAUUCAGUAGUGUAGAUGGCGUAGCCCUUGUUUCCAAGGUAUGCACCAUGCAUGGGAAUGGGGACAGGAGGGUGAACUUUCAGGUUAAAGAGAGCUUUUGUGUGUGUGUCAGUGGGGGGAGGGGGUCUUAAUACCUGACAAUCCUCAUUUCAGAAAUUUAAGUGCCUGUAAAAGAAUGAAAAGAUUGGAAGGACAGAAAUAACUCUUACUUCAAUGGAAAUUGAAAUAGCUAAGAAAGAGCAAGGCGUGCCUCCUUCACAACCUGUUCAUUUCUUGUCAAAAUUGGGUUGAAAUGCAGGAGCAUGGUAUCGACUGGGAAUUUACAGUUGUAAAGUAGGCAGUACCAGUCUUUCGAAGGGAGAACAUUGCUUUCCAUAUCUUGAAUGUUUAGAAGGAUAUGUCAAAAACGCAGCUCAUUUUAAAAACUGCAUGACCGUCACUCAUGCGUGACUCAAAAGAGCAUAAGAGUGGCAAUGGGCAGAUUUCCAGUUUGAGAAUCCACAGGUCUACAUCCACACUGUUGACCAGUUGUCUGGAUUUCUUGUGUAUCCUUAAAUCUAUCACAAUCACUGUUUUAAAGGAGUGAUUGCUAACGAUGCAAACUACAAUAUUGGUUCCAUGUUGAGUUAAAAUUAGGGCCUAAUUGGGCGAUGUAAACUACUCCUCAAAAGCAGAACAAACUGCUAAUAUAUCACAGUCCAAGAAGCUAGUGCUGUGUUAACUCAUGUCUGCCUUCUGCUGCUCCCAUCGCAUAUCCCAAUUGUAUAUUAAAUUAUUAAGAAUGUAUCUAUCUUUUAUCUAGGUGUACAUAAAUAAAUAAUAUAUAUAUAUAUAUUUGUUCUUCAAUGGAAUUUAUCACUGUUUAUGGUACUGGAGGUUUUAAAUUGUUGUGCCUUGGUUGUAAAUAAGCUUGAGUGGCUAUUUUAUGAAUAAAAAAAGAAACUGAUUUGUAA